UAGCCAAAGCAGCACCCCCGAUUGCCAGUUAUUUGUUUUCACUGUGCAUGUGUCCAUUCCAAACCAUUACACGAACUCCUCAAGUGCACACCACCAACUACAGAUGUUUCUCAAGCCGUACAGACCCAAGAGCAGUGCUGCCCUCAAGGGAUCCGAUAGCAAGAAGUUCCGGCAGCGCGUGGAGGCGGCGUUCCCCCAUGUGUCCGUGGAUCAGCUGGUGCCGGCGAAGGCGGCGGUUACCCAGGUGAAGAUCCUCACGCACGGCGGAGUUCAGAGCGUGGUGUACUGCGUGGACAAGCUGCCGUUGUUCUUCGAGCUGGACGGCGGUCAACUGGUGCCCACCCUGUACACCCUGUGGAUCGUUCCGGACAUCCUGCCCUAUUUCACCACCCACGAGGGUGUGCUGCCCAAGCUGACGAACGGAGCGGACCUCAUGCUGCCCGGAGUGGUGCCCCUGGGCGUGGGACUGAGCAUGUACGGGCACUUCAAAAAGGGACAGUUGAUGGCCGUAAACCUCACAAACAACAAAUCUGCAGUGGGCGUGGGCCAGUUGGCUCGCUCCAGCGAUGAUCUGUACAUGUGCGGAGGUCACGGUGUGGCCAUCAAGAUGCUCCACCUCUUUGGGGACAAGCUCUGGUCGCAUGAGCCCAGUCUGGUGCAGCAAAUCCCGCUGGUCAAGACAAAGGCCUUGUCUGGCGAGGAUUUCCCUGCUCUUGGGUCUGAGGCGGAAAGGAGAAAGGCCGCCAGCCCAGCUACUCCCGCUCCUGUGUCCUUCGCUUCCGUGGCCCAAACAGAGGAACUGGAAACGGAAACUGCUGCUAUGACCUUGGAAAGCCAGGAAGGCCCCGAGUCCGACGAAGAAGCCGCGGAGGAAGCGUCACCGGAACUUAUACUCAAGAACGCCUUCCUCUCCGCCUUGAAAAACAAUGGAAAGAAGCUGCCCCUGCCUCUGCUGACGAGCAAUUUCUACAGACUCUAUGUGGUCACGGAGGCCACGGAACAAAUCGACCUAAAGAAGACGCGCUACAAAAAGCUCUCCAACUUCCUGGCCGAAAUGGUGGACCAAGGCUUCAUUGUGGUGCGGGAGGAGAGCAAGGGAGUGGAUAAGAUCACAUCUGUGGACCUGGAACACCCCGAAGUGGUGAACUUUAUAACCGAUGUCAAGGCAGGCGAAGCCAAUGGAGCGGCGUCCGAAACGCCCCUCUUCCACUCCGAGCUCAAGGAGAUGUACGUAGUGACCGAUGUCACGGCAGCCUUCUUCACCAAGCUAAAUUACAAGCGGGGCGAGGGAAUCCCGGCGGGUCAGAUCAAGAAGAUUGUGCGGGAGUACGUGAGCAAACAUGGCCUCCUCCAUCCGCUGACCAAGCUGGUGCGCCCCGACGACACUCUGAUCGAGCUGUAUGGAAACAGGGAGGCUUCGCUAAGCGAGAUGUGCUCCCUCAUCACCAGCAAGAUGGAGCACUCCUAUCAGAUGUGCAGUGGCAAAGACACGAGCGGCAAGCCCCUCAUCCAGAUGUCCCUGGCCACGCGAUCGGGCAACAAGAAGGUGACGCUGGUCAGCAACAUCGAGGCGUACGGCAUCAUCCUGGCCGAGUUCAUCAAGCUGUGCAAGCAGGGUGCCGCCGCCAGCACCAGUGUGGUGAAACUGCCGCACCAGAAACACGAGCAGCUGCAGAUCCAGGGCAACCAAGUGCGAUUUGUGCACACGCUGCUCACGGAAACGUACAAGGUGCCGCCCAAGUGCAUCCUGGGUCUGGAACUGGCCAAGGACGGCAAAAAGAAUAAGAAGAAGUGAGCCGGACAAUAAAUGAAGCCUCCUCCGCCUGUCCUCUGAGUGUAAUAAUAAAUUAUUUAUUAACUGUA